AUGGACAACAAGCCCGAGUAUGUCCAGACGGAGAACGUCGUCGAGAAGCCGCGCAAGAGAGGCUGCGCCGGUCACUGCUUGAAGUUUUGGUGGGUGUACUUGAUCGCGCUCGUCGUCAUCGUUGUCAUUGUCGUCCCUCAUCAAGAUGACCAACUCUCGGGCUCAAACUUCACCAUGUCUAUCAACACCGAGGUCAAGAGUGACGGAAAGGUCAAGGCCAGGAUCGAGCCUUUCGAGGGUGUCAUGUACAUUGAGGAUUUGCCCGACCACAGGCCUUUCGCCAAGGUUCAGUUCCCCGAGACCACCAGCGACAAGUCCCAGACUGUCAACAUCACCCAGUUCACCAUGAUCGACGAUAUGGAGGCUUUCACUACCUUCAACACCUGGCUUCUGCACAACGAGACUUUCAGGGUUACCGUCGAGGGUCCCACCAAGGUUCACGUCAAGGGUAUCGCCAAGGCCUAUGGUGUCACUUUCAAGAAGACUAUUGACAUGCCUGGCCUCCGUCUGCUGGACGGAACCACCGUUACCAACACCACCGUCAACCCCACUGCUAAUGCUAAGAACGGCACCAACAACUUCUUCGGUACCGUCAGGAUCCCCAACUACUCCAAGGUUUCUUUCGAGCUUGGCAAUGCUACUUUCCACAACUAUCUCCUUGACAAGGAAAUCGGCACCGUCUUCCUUGACAACAUUUCCCUUAAGCCCGGCAACGACAACGUGUAUCCUAUGCGUGCCACCAUCACCGAUCUCGGCUACGUUACCGGUCUUGUCGUGCAGAAGCCUUACUGUGAUAAGCUUAACGGCAUCCUCCCCUUCAAGCUCCGCGGCAAGAGUGUCAUCAACAAUGGCGAGAGCCUCUCCUAUAUCGCCGACGCCUUGGCGACCGGAAACCAGACUGUCCAGAUUGACAUUCGUGGCACUGUCAAGCGCUCCAUGGGCCUUGAUCUCGGCUGCACCGACGACGAGUAA